GCAGGGUUCACUGAGGGGGCUCUGUGGCCAGUGCUCCAUAUCCAGCUGUGUUUCAUGACUCAGCUCUCCUUCUCUCUCUCUCUGGAGUUUCUGCAACAACACGUUCCUGCCUUUGGCUCCACUGCUGGGGAAACUGGGCUGUCUGUGGGACUCAGACGCAUUUCCCCGCUGCGUGGUUCACGGAGCUGCGAGAGUCCUGCAUGCUGCUGCCAUGCGCUGGAGCAGACUUCUGUGGCUGCGGCUCUGGCUGGCUGCACUGCUGGUCUGGGUGAGAUGCAGGGCUGAUGGAGAGGAGCAGAGGCACCAGGCAGCGCGUCUGGCUGCGGGGACUGGAGACGGGGGAGGUCACAGCUCCACGCCACUCAGCCAGUGCACAUACACUUUCAUCCUGCCUGAGAUGAUGACGACAGGAGCCACUCAGCUGCCCAGCUGCCCAGGUCGGGGGGAGCCAACGCCGGGUGGCAACAGCCUUCUGGGAGAGGCAGCAGAGGAGACGCACAGCCCUGUGGUGGGGCAGCGAGUUCAGCACCUGGAGCUGGCUAUAGAGAACUACACACACUGGAUCCAGCAGAUCGAGGGCUUUGUGAGAACUAACAUCAAUGUGGAGGCAAGAAGACAAGAGCAAAGCACAGUGAAUGAUGACACGGCCGCCAUUUUGGAUAUGAGCACCAACUUGCUCUACCAGACUGCCAAACACACACGGAAACUCAUGGAUGUGGAGACACAGGUUCUGGAUCAGAGCUCCAGACUGGAGAUUCAGCUACUGGAGAAUUCUUUGUCGAACAACAAAUUGGAGACCCAGCUGUUACAACAGUCCAGUGAAAUCACCAAACUCGCUCAACAAAAUGGUGUGUUGGAGCAGCGCCUGAAUGGCAUGGAGUUGCAGCACCAGCAGCAGCUUGAGGCCCUGCUUCAGGAGCGCUCCGGUCUGCAGAAGGUGGUGCUUCAGCAGAACCAGCUGAUCGCAGAGUUGGAGAGCCGCAUGGCCCUGGUCUCCAGCGACAACAGCCUACUGGAGAACCAGCAGCAGCAGCUCAGAGAGACCAUCAGACGCCUGCAGGACAUCUGCUCCAAGGAUACAGCAGUAGAAGCCUCAAACAGCCUAGAGCAGGCUGAUGAACGCAGGAUGUUUCGAGACUGCGCUGACGUUCUCCACGCAGGGUUCAACGAGAGUGGAGUCUACACUAUUCGUCUCACAAGUCAGCAGACUGCAAAGGUAUACUGUGACAUGGAGACUGCAGGAGGAGGGUGGACUGUGCUCCAAAGGAGGCAGGAUGGCACUACAGACUUCCACAGGACCUGGGAGGAGUACAAGAUGGGCUUUGGCCCUCUCUCUGGAGAGCACUGGCUGGGGAAUGAGCUUGUGUUCCUGUUGAGCAGUCAGAGGCAGUACUCCUUACGGGUGGAGCUCACAGACUGGGAUGAGCAGCACGGCCUCUCUCAGUAUGAACACUUCCACAUCUCCAGUGAGAAACAAAAGUACAGGUUAUCUGUGAAGGGCUACAGUGGGACUGCGGGCCGACUCAGCAGCUUGGUCUCCCACGGAGCGGACUUCAGCACUAAAGAUGUGGACAAUGAUAAGUGCAUCUGCCACUGUGCACCGCUGCUCACAGGAGGCUGGUGGUUUGAUGCUUGUGGCGCCUCCAAUCUCAAUGGAGUCUACUACAGCAAAGGACAUAACACGGGCAAAAUCAACGGCAUCAAAUGGCACUAUUUUAAGGGCCCCAGUUACUCUCUUCAAAAGACCACCAUGAUGAUCCGACCGCUGGACUUUGGAGACAGUCUCAGAGGACUGAAAACUGGUCGUGAUGCAGCUCUUCAGCUCGAUAAGGAACUUACUGGAUGAAAACAAAAACAUGCCGUCCCAUGACGAGAACAUGACAUACUG